UAUAUUUCAUUUCGUUUGAAAAUGGGUUUUCCCGUUUGGUAUUUGUAUUAAUUAUAUAUAGAUGGGAACUAGUGUAACUAGUUCUGAAACUAGUUCUGCAAGAGUAUGUACUAUUUAUAAAGUUUGAUGGUACGUGCACAAGGCACGAGAAAAGUUUUGGCGGUUUCUACGGGUGGGGUUUUAUGGUACUAUAUAAAGUUUGGCAUUUAAAUGUAUUAGUAUCGAAGGUGCUCGCAGUUACGUCGAAUCGUCACGAAGUAAGUCACAUUAGUAUACGUUUAUGAUGUCCGAUACUGGUUCCGACCAUGAUGAUUUGAGACAGUCCAAAAGUAAGGAGAGUACAUCCAAUACCGAGUUGUCUACUGAUGGUGCUGUAUCGUUGUUUUCAACAGUUUUAACAAACGCUCUAGAACAGCAGAAAGUUAAUUUAAUCAAACAUUUUGAAAACCAAUUUGUACAACCAGUGAAGUCAACCGGUGUUUCGACUCCAGAUUUCGUUUUCAAGAGAGAGGGACAUCGCAUCCAGUACUUAUUCAAUACAGAAAGGUCCGACACGAUUUCAAGAAUAGAGAAACUGAUUAAGUCCAAAUCGUACGUACAGGCGUUGGAGGUGUUAGCAGAGGAAAAAGAAACGCUGCGGAAGAGGAACAAAAUUCUGAAAAUCGGCGACAAACAUGGAUGGGACACCGUUAAUGAAUACCUUGAUAGUCCUUUGGCUGACGAUAAGGACGAUGCAGCUAAUUUGCGUUCCGCUAUUGCCAGUGCUUCUAGAAAAAGGAAAAGUUCAAAACCGUAUGAUCGGCCCAGCAAUAAACCUACAGAAAGUGGAAAUAAAUUCAACGCAAAGAAUUUUUUUCGUGGGAUUAGUCAAAGCAGUGGAUUCGGAGAAAGUACAGGGCAGUCACAGAACAGAUCCGGGAAAUGCUUUUAUUGCAAUCAACAAGGACAUUUCGCCAGAUUCUGUCCAUUCAAGGCAAGUCCGUCAGCAACAGUCAGCACGGCCCCAAAGGAACAAGAAAAGUCACAGUAAAGAACAGACGUUAGAUGAAAAUACAACGAAUGGAACUCAAUGGAAACAGUUCGAGAAAUUAGCCAAUGAUUCUAGAUUUGCCAAAAUUGUCAGUGCAUUACCAUCAAUUGUGGAAGCGUCUAGUUCAAAAUCUACUGUUAAAAAAUAUAAAUUUUAUUUUGGAAAAUUUCGUCUUUGGUGUUCCGAUUGUCAACUUGAAUUUUCUCCGGCUACUGCAACUACAGUAUGUUUAUAUAUCGGUUCACUGAUACAGCAAGGUGUUAGCGUGUCCGUUUUAGAAUCUAACUUUUAUUCCAUUAAAUGGUAUCAUGACAUUAACUUUAAAUACAAUCCUUGCUCUGAUAAGUUGUUAUCUAAUAUUUUAGAAGGCGGUCGUAGAAUUUUGAGUAUACCCAUCAACAAAAAAGAGCCUAUUACUACAGACAUUUUAAAGUUAAUUUUUUCUAGAUAUGGCUCUGAACAUGAUUUGUCUAAGUUAAGAGUGUGUUUACUAUGUCUUCUUGGAUUUUCCGGUUUCUUGCGCUACAGUGAGUUAGCAAAUAUAAAAAGAAAUAACAUUGUUUUCUACGAUACUCAUGUUGAGAUUGCUAUCAAUAAGAGUAAAACAGACAUUUAUAGAAGAGGAAACAAGGUUAUAAUCGCUAGGACCGGCAAUGAAAUGUGUCCUGUUAAGUGGUUAAAGAUUUAUUUGAAAUUAGCUGGUUUAGAAUCUGAUUCAGACUAUUUUAUUUUUCGUUCUUUGUCAUUUUUGAAAUCACAAGGUGUAUACAAGCUAAGCAAAAACAAUACAUCCUUAUCGUACACUAGAGCUCGUGAGAUAUUACUUAAGGCAUUGGAAGAUAUUGGUUUGGAUAAAUCUAAGUUCGGGUUACAUAGUCUAAGAAGUGGAGGUGCUACCUCAGCAGCUAAUAACGGGGUUUCUGAUAGAUUAUUGAAGGCGCACGGUAGAUGGUCAUCAGAUCAGUCAAAAGAUGGUUAUAUUAAGGACAAUUUACAUCGUCAGUUGGUAGUAUCUUUGAAUCUUGGCAUCUAAUUCUGAACUGUUUCAUUUCCUUUGUUUCGAUGUUACUGCGAGCAACUAAUCCUAUUUCUGUGUUUGUUUUGUUUAAAGCCUAUUGAAUUUAGAGUAGAAAUACUUUAAAUUCGGACGAGCAGGGCGAGGGAGAAUUUAAAUAUAUUUCAUUUCGUUUGAAAAUGGGUUUUCCCGUUUGGUAUUUGUAUUAAUUAUAUAUAGAUGGGAACUAGUGUAACUAGUUCUGAAACUAGUUCUGCAAGAGUAUGUACUAUUUAUAAAGUUUGAUGGUACGUGCACAAGGCACGAGAAAAGUUUUGGCGGUUUCUACGGGUGGGGUUUUAUGGUACUAUAUAAAGUUUGGCAUUUAAAUGUAUUAGUAUCGAAGGUGCUCGCAGUUACGUCGAAUCGUCACGAAGUAAGUCACAUUAGUAUAUAUACAGUGGCUGCUAUGUUUAUUACAUGUAUUUAUAUAUGUUGGUUGUAUAAAAGAAACCUGUAUUAUAAAGUUUAAUAAAAUAAUGUAUCGCAAGAGAAGAUAAUAUGUUACUGCGAGCAACUAAUCCUAUUUCUGUGUUUGUUUUGUUUAAAGCCUAUUGAAUUUAGAGUAGAAAUACUUUAAAUUCGGACGAGCAGGGCGAGGGAGAAU